UCGUGCUAUUUCUCCUUUGUCAGAACUCAAUUCUCGCUUGAGAAAAGAGAAAGAAAUCAGCGAUCACUGAAGACCGAAGAGAACAAGAAUUUAACAAGGAUUUAUGAGAUGGGAAGUUUGUUUCUGAUCAGACAGCAGAUCUUUGUGAAUCUCAUGGUUAUUCAUUUUUGAAACGAUCGAACAGAAACUGAGAGUAAAGGUCAGACUGCUGGAGCUCGAACAGAGAAAAUGGCUUCUCUACAUGUGUUUGCUGAAGAGCUUUCUUGUCCUGUGUGCUGUGAAAUCUUCAAGACUCCUGUUCUUCUGUCAUGUAGUCACAGUGUCUGUAAAGAGUGUCUUCAUCAGUUCUGGAGGACUAAAGAAACUCAGGAGUGUCCUGUCUGCAGGAGAAGAUCCUCAAAACCCGAACAUCCACUUAAUCUUGCGUUGCAAAACCUGUGUGAAUCGUUCCUGAAGGAGAGAAAUGAGAGCCGUUCAUCAGGAUCUGAGGAGAUCUGCAGUUUACACAGUGAGAAACUCAAACUCUUCUGUCUGGAGGACAAACAGCCGGUGUGUGUGGAGUGUGUUACUUCUCAACAACACAUCAAUCACACAUUCAGACCCAUCAGUGAAGCUGUUCCAUCAUAUACGAACAUAAAUGAUCUCAUCAAGAAAAGCAUCUUAAUUAAAGAUGGAAAUCCUGCUCGAUACCGUCUGCAAACAAGGAGAGACAAUUUGAAAUUCUCUGAAUCUUGUAGAAAAAUUACCUUUGGAGAGAGAAAUAAAGACAAACGAAAGAAAAGCAAAAAAGACAAAACCAUUCUACUGGUGGGAGAAACAGGAACAGGAAAAACAACCCUGAUCAACACGAUGGUCAACUACAUGUUGGGUGUUCAGAGAGAAGACAAGGUUUGGUUUGAGAUCACAGAUGAUCAGAGCGACCGAACAUCAGUUCACAGUCAGACCUCCAGCAUCACUGUUUAUGGGUUUUAUCUACAAGAGAGUCUGAUCCAUUUAACAAUCAUCGACACUCCAGGAUAUGGAGACACACGUGGAGUUAAGAAAGAUAAAGAGAUCGGUGAGAGUUUGCUCAGUUUAAGUAAAUCUGAAGAAGAGAUUCAUGAAAUACAUGCAGUGUGUCUGGUGAUUAAUUCAACCCAAAAUCGACUCUCUGACAGACAAAUAUACAUAUUUGAUGCUGUUCAGUCUUUAUUUGGAAGAGAUAUUGCUGACAACAUCAUCUUGCUCCUCACACACUCAGAUGGAUUGCGUCCUAAAAAUGCCCUGAGGGCUGUUAAAGAGGCUAACAUCAAGUGUGCAGUAAAUGAGCAGAAUCAGCCCGUGUUUUUCCUGUUUAACAAUUGUCAGACAGACGCUGCUGAUGAAGAAGAUGCUGAAGAUACUGAAGAACAUGAACAGAGGCUGGAUCAAUCAUUUAAUCUCAGCUUUGGAGGAAUGAAACGAUUGUUCGAGAUUCUUGACACACUACAACCAAAAUCACUGAAGAUGACUCGAGAUGUGCUGCAGAAACGGAAGCAGCUGGAGGCAAAUGUCUCCAAUUUACGAUCACGAGUUCAAAUGAUGGAACUAAAGCAGAAUGAGCUGAAACAAACUCAAGCAGCUGUGGAGCAGAACAAGCAAGAUGUCAAAGCAAACAAGAACUUUGAGUAUGAAGUUGAAGUGCCCUACAAAGAAUGGGUUGAUAUUGAUCCUUCUAAAGCCAGGGCGGCGAUGUGCUGCACCGUCUGUGAGGAGAACUGUCAUUAUCCAGGAUGCUGGUGGACCAGUGAUCUCUCGUGGUGCAGUUCGAUGAGAAAGAAUCACUGUACAGUGUGCACUAAUAAAUGCCACUACACCAAACACAUCAAAUCAGCAAAAAUAUAUGAAACAAAAACAAAGAAGAAGACGAGGACAUAUGAAGAUUUAAAGAAGAAAUAUGAAGACAAAAUUGGUGUGUCUUUGGUCAAGAUGCUGGAAGAAGAACUGCAAGAAUUAGAGAAAGAGAAAAUAAAGCUGGUGAUGGAAGCUUUCGGCUGUGUGGAAAGUCUGGAGAAGAUCGCACUCAAGACUGAUUCUGUGUUCACACUUCAGCACAUUGAUGUUCUGAUUGAGAAGCUGAAGGAAAUCAACGAGUCUGAAAAGGCCAAAACACUGGAAGAUAUCAAGAAGAGAGCAGGAGACGUAAAGCAUGGAGCAUUGAAUUACUUAACAGGAUUCUUUAAAAAUAAACUCAAAUAAUGCCUCAGCUCAAAUCAUGAUGAAAGUCUGAAAACAGCAUCCUGAACAUAUUUUUGCUUCUUUCAAUAGCAUGACCUUAAUAUGAUGUAAAGUGUGAUUGUAAUCGCAGUGUUUUAUGAAUGUAAAAAAUUUUCUAUCAUCAUGCUUGCUUUUAUUUCCCUCAUUUGUAAGUUGCUUUGAAUAACCUGCAUCCGCUUAAGUAAUUGAUGCAAAAUACUGCAGCGAUUACUAUAAUUAUUUUCCUGCAGUGAAGCAGAAAUUGACAGCAGCAUAAUGUAAACAGCUUCUACUGUGAGAUACUGUUUAAAAUACUGCAAUAAUAUUGUGAAAGAAUAUAGUUAUUUAUCAUAAGAUGAUGUGCAUGUAAUCAUGAUCACUAUAGGCUGUUUAGAGACAGAUUUAGCUGUAUUCAUUCAUAUUAAUAAGCGCUGCCAUCUAGAGGCCAUAUGAGAAAAUAUGAAAUGCUAUCACUUGUAUUACAC